UGGAAAGCCUGAAGUAUUAGUUGAUGAGAGGAAAUUGUCGGAGCUCAUAACGCCGAGUCAUAGUGAACGACCACUGCUGAGAGACUGUUGAUAACUCGUAUCUCUUAUUAUUAAUAUUAAUUAUUAUUUAAUAUAUUUAUUUAAAAUAAAUAACAAUGGAUAAGAAAACAAAAGCCAAACAACCUCAAAGUAUAAGUACUAUUGCUAAAAUUUAUUUAAUAUCUUACAAUCUUAUUCUAGUAAUUGGGUGGAGUUAUAUUUUAUGUCUUCUCAAGCGGUACUAUUUCACCAAUCAUUUCAAGGGUCAAAGUCUCUGGGACACGGUUUUUUCGUCGUUGAUGAUUUAUCAAAAUGCUGCUGUUUUUGAAAUUUUACACGCAUUCACUGGUCUUGUAAGGUCGAAUCCAGUGAUAACGACAUUCCAAGUUUUUAGCCGAGUCAUGGUAGUGGUCGGAGUGCUGCUAGCAACACCUCCAACAGCAGCAGCCGCAUCCACAGGCUUGCCGAUAGCAUUGCUAGCCUGGUCAGUAACUGAAAUAAUUCGGUACGGAUAUUACUUCGCGAAUCUCGUAGGAUUCGUUCCGCAUUUCCUCGUAUGGUUAAGAUACACCACCUUCAUAUUCUUGUAUCCUAUUGGAGUUACUGGAGAACUCCUGUGCUUCUAUUCUGCCCAACAGUACGCACAAAAGCAUCCCGAUGCGUGGAGUUACGCUCUUCCCAAUUCAUGGAACAUGACAUUCAGCUACCACUAUCUUCUUAUAGCAAUUAUGUUACUCUACAUUCCUCUAUUUCCUCAUCUGUACUUACACAUGUUUAGUCAGAGGAAGAAAAUUCUAGGACCAGGAGCCAAAGCCGGCAAAGCUCAUUAAUUUUAUACACUCCAAAGUAUCAAAGGUUUAAUGUACAAGAGACUUAAAAUAAAUAAACAAGAUCUGAUUUUUAA